AUGGAAAACAAAUCAACAGUGUAUGUGUUGGUUCUCGCUGGUCUGUCUGAUCUUCCGAGUCUUCAGUUUCCUCUGUUCCUGGUGUUUCUCCUCAUCUAUCUUAUAACUCUGACUGGGAACCUUCUCAUCCUUCUCCUGAUCUUCACUGAUUCCCAUCUUCACACCCCCAUGUACUUCUUCCUUGGAACCCUGGCAUGUCUGGAUAUGAGUCUCUCCUCAGUCACUGUCCCAAGAAUGCUCUUUGAUUUACUCACAAAGAGAAGGGUAAUUUCUGUACCAGCUUGUAUAACUCAGAUCUACUUCUUCCUAUUUUUCUGCACAUCAGAGAUGGCUGUGCUGGCAGUGAUGUCCUAUGACAGAUACAUUGCCAUCUGCCGCCCUCUUCACUACAUGCAGAUAAUGACCUGGAAUGUUUGUGUUCAGUUUGUAUCAAUCAUUUUGGUUUUUGGUGCAGUACAUUCCUUGGUGCACGCUGUUUUUUUAACUAAACUGACAUUUUGCAACCCCAAUGAUUUGCAAAGUUUCUUUUGUGACCUGCCCCAGUUGCUUGAGGCCUCCUGUAGUGACACAUUCCUCAACAUAUUGCUUAUAUUUCUUUUGGGGAUAUUGUUUGCCGUAUGUCUUUUAGGGGUCACCUUUUACCCAUAUAUUAUAAUAAUCGCUGCAGUUCUGAAAAUCCCAUCAAAACACACAAGAUCCAAAGCUUUCUCCACCUGCUCCUCCCAUCUAACUGUCGUCUUUAUAUUCUACACUACUGCUUCCUUCAAUUACGUGCGUUCAAAUAUGAAUGAUCAUCACACAGAGGACAAAGUGGCUUCUGUAUUUUAUGCAAUAUUAACUCCCUUUUUAAAUCCUCUGAUCUACAGUCUGAGGAACCAGGAGCUCAAAUCAUCAAUAAAAAGAGCUUUGAAAAGACUGGAAAUCAGAACAGGACAAAAAAAAUUACAGUAG